GUUGUACCUUCUUUUGUUCGCGAUCAACCCCUGCUGGCUGCGGUAUUCGUAUUGCAGGCAGUCGCCGUAAAGUGAUUCAUCGUUACAAACGUUUUUUUGUCGUUAAAUUGUUGAAAGAAAAUGUCCUCUUCCAACGUCCUGAAAUCGGUCCGAGAAGACGAUUUUGUAGAGUACUUCCUUUUUCCGUCUGCACUGGACCAGAACGAUGUCUCGUUGGAGAACUGUGAGCCUCAGCUAGAGGGACUUCGGUCAGAGGUCAUCAAACUGGCGGAGGACUACUGCCAAAGGUACAUCUGGCAUCGGGAUGGGUUCAAGGUAGUAUUGCGCACGGGCGAUCUGCAGCAGCGCUUGCUGAUUGAGGCUAGCAACAUGGAGGAGGAGAAUGUUCGAUUGCCACCUCACCUUUAUGGGAUCACUCACUACGGGGAUAAUGUGCAGGACGAAUGGUUUAUCGUGUCGUUGCUGCUUCACCUGUCCCGCAGAGUACCGGGGCUAGUAGUACGAGUAGUAGAUUCGGAUGGUGAAUUUCUUCUAAUCGAAGCUGCCGAGCAUUUACCUAGCUGGGCCAAUCCGGAACGAUGCGAAGGUCGUGUUUUUAUAUGCGACGGUGAGAUUCAUCUGGUUGGGACCAAGGAUCAGAAGGAUCCGUUUCCAAUGGAUCGCAUUCUUCUGGAGUUGAAGGAUGAAUCUCGAACUAAGUGGGUUGUUUCGAAUACCAUUCAAUCGUGCAUUGCCGAACGGAUCCGGGACUUUCCGAAUCAUAUCGAAGACAAUCAUCAUCGGGCGACGCUGUACGUCCCGGUAGGAGUAGCGGCUGUUUUGGAGGAAAACCCUCAACUGAUAUCGGCAGCCGUACUGGCGUUUUGUAACCGCGAUCCUAUUGACCUAAAAGUUUGUCGUGCGAUGCGUUACUUUCCUCCGGAAAAUUGUGUUUAUGUGAGCGCUGUGUUUACCAAAUGUCUUUAUGCCAUGUUGCAGCACGCUCAAUAUUUACCUGAUAGAAGGACGGGAUGGAGUUUACCAAUGCCCAGCGAUCCCAACUAUAAAGCUCAUAUAUUAGGGUUAAAGCUGGCUUGUGGCUUUGAAAUACUGACCUCACAAGCGAAAUCGUCUGCCUCGUUGGAAACUGACAAAGGUUGGAAGCACUACUUUGAAUCACUCAAGGCGAAGGGUUAUUUUCAGGAGAACAUUGAAGGGUCACAGGAAUAUACGCGCCUUUUAGGCGUAGCCAAGGACUACUACCAACAGAACUGCGAUUCAAUGAAGUUCACCCCGAAGAUUGGUGAUGAAAUAAUAACUAUUCUGAAUCGCAAUGACUAUGACGCGGAAGAGCUACGUAAGCAAGGCCUCGAACUACCCACUCCGGAUGAUGACAGUUGGAUGAACAUCUCUGCUGAGGAAUUGGAUGAAAUGCUUACUAAACGGUACGGCACACGAAAACUCUUUUCACUCAACGGCAACACGAACUCGGAAGAGUUCACCAGCAUGGUCAACGACUUUCUGGAGCAGAAAAGUGAAUUUGAUGGAGUAGACCAGGAAACUGCAGCAGCUCAAUUAGAUUUAGGACCUUAUAAACCGGUCAGACCAAAACGUACCAAAAGUAAGACCAAAGCGGACACACAACCCACUUCGCAAUUGAAUCAACCAAUCGAUUUCGAUCCGGAUGCUUUUGGAGCACAUGUCAAGCACUUGCUGGAUUUGGUAAUCCCCGAAGAUCGCUGGGAUUCGUCGGAUAAUUCCGACAUGAGCGAUUACGCGGAGGAGGAUUACGAUAGAAACAUCGAAGAGAUGUCACCGACGAGAACCGGACGGGCAGUUAAGAAUGAGAUACAGACGUACAUGGAACAGAUGGAUCGGGAAUUGGCUCAAACGACGAUCGGAAAAAGUUUCGAAACGCACAUUAGCGCACAAGAGGGUGAGACCAGGGGCGAAGCCGAUGAUUUUGAUGACAUUGAGAGUUUCAAACCGGUGAACAUUGAUGUCAAUACGUUGAAAAAUAUGAUGGAAAGUUAUCAGGCACAAAUCGGUGGACCUGGCCCGGCUGCUAAUCUGCUCGGUUCAAUGGGACUUCAGAUAGCGCGAGCUUCCAACGGGGAGUCGUCCGGUAGUACCCAGCAAACCGAUGUGUGAAGUGUGUCCUCAGGUUAGCGAAGAACCGUUUUUGCUGCCAUUUUUUACUUACAAAUAGCUUGAAGCUUCCCCAUGUCCAAAACGCAAUCGAUUUAGGGUAGGUAAUGGUAUAUCUCAGAAUAUAUUAGUAUUUAACUAUUCAUCAACCAGUUUGGUCUACCAUUUUAAAAGUAUUGUCCUAUAAUAAUAGUUGUGUAGUUAUCAUUGACAAACACCGACGUUUCACUUCAUGUUGGAUAGGAAACUAGUUCUAUAUUUUGCACACGUACUGUUAGAAAGAAUGGAUGCCAUAUUCUAAGACAAAUUUAAUGUUACAACAAAAAACUAUGACAUGAGAUUUUAAGAGCUUGUUGCUGGAGCAAAUUAGGAACAGAUGCAUUUUACGCAUAGGCUAAUAAAGAACUGCUUGAGAGUCCUCAUAAAAUAAUGGAA